GAGCUGCUCUGCUGUCUUGUCUUAUCUUUUUUUGAGGACUGGGAGACGUGCUUGGUUUCUCAAUCGCGGGCUGACAUUGCGCAUGCGUGAUCCGGCCGCGGCGCUGAGAUGCAGCUGUGGGAUGCGGAGAGGGGAGUCCCGGCUCUGUGUGAUCGAUGUUAACCUCUUUCUGGGGCCGAACAAACGCUACGGGUGGUCUGUUCCCUGGAGACCGCCUUGAGGAGGGAGGAGAGAGAGCGCGAGGGAGAGAAAAGAGGAGGCGGGUGCUGUCUGCGCUCGUUACAGUCACCAACCUGUGGAUGGUGGCGGCGCGUGCUGCGGAUUAGAUACAGUCUAGCGCUGGGGUCAGUGUGCGCGAGUCCGUGUUGAGGCGCGACAGUUGCCGCCAGGACCGCGACAACAAGUGCCGAACAUGUGGUGCUUGUGAAGAAGAGCUCUGGCUGUAUGAAUGGCCCCGUUAUGGAGGAAGUUCCGUUUCCCAGAGUCCGCACGCGGCGGAGGAAAAGUCGCUGCCUGGCCGGUGCGUGUGAGCGCGAGUUUGACUGCAAGGAGCUCGAGACUCUCUUCCAGAAGUACAACCUGAAGCUUGAGCAGAACGCCACGCUCAAAGCGCUGGCCAUCCUCAUCCUCGCCGCGUCCGCGCUGGCGCUCGUGGAGUUGCUGUCCGCCGGCUCGCGCUUCACCGUGUCCAAGGGCUCGCACCCGGUCCACUGCGUCAUCUUCACCUCACUCUUCAUCGUCACCAACGUCAAAUAUCUGCAGGUCACGCAGCUGCAGCAGAUCGCGCGACUCGCGCUGCUCUUCAGCUUCACGUUCGCGCUGCUCUGUUGCCCGUUUCCUCUCGCACUGGGUCACGGGACGCAGGGCGCGCUGGCACCUGACGCACCGAGCAUAACACCUGAGCAAGGUGUCUGGCAGCUGAUGCUCGUUACAUUUGUUGCCUACUCUCUGCUUCCGGUCAGGACGCUCUUGGCGAUUUUGUUCGGUAUCCUGGUGGCUGCGUCGCAUUUCAUCGUGAUGGUGACAUCAGUUACGGCGCGUAGACCUUUCGUGUGGAGUCCGCUGGUAGCAAAUGCAGUCUUGCUGGUCGGCGUGAAUCUGUCGGGUGUGUUUGUACGAGUCCUUACCGAACGCACCCAGAGGAAGGCCUUCCUACAGGCCAGAAACUGCAUCCAGCAGCGCCUGCAACUAGAGGAUGAGAACGAGAAACAGGAACGCCUCCUAAUGAGCCUGCUGCCCAGGAAUGUUGCCAUGGAGAUGAAGGAGGACUUCCUGAAGCCACCAGAAAGAAUCUUCCACAAGAUAUACAUCCAACGGCAUGACAACGUCAGCAUCCUGUUUGCAGACAUUGUUGGGUUUACCAGUCUAGCAUCACAGUGCACGGCCCAAGAGCUGGUUAAACUACUGAAUGAGCUCUUCGGAAAAUUUGAUGAGCUCGCUACAGAAAACCAUUGCAGGAGGAUUAAGAUCUUAGGAGACUGUUAUUACUGUGUGUCUGGCCUGACCCAGCCCAAAACGGACCACGCUCACUGCUGUGUGGAGAUGGGUCUGGACAUGAUCGACACCAUCACGUCUGUUGCGGAAGCGACCGAGGUGAACCUGAACAUGCGUGUGGGUUUGCACACGGGCCGCGUGCUGUGCGGGGUUCUGGGGCUCCGAAAGUGGCAGUAUGAUGUCUGGUCCAAUGACGUCACACUGGCCAACAUGAUGGAGGCAGGAGGACUGCCUGGGAAGGUUCAUAUCACCAAGGCAACACUGGAAUGUCUAAAUGGAGAUUACGAGGUGGAGCCGGGCCUCGGCCACGAGAGACACGCUUUCCUCAGCAAACACGCCAUCGAGACUUUCUUCAUCGUACCCUCACACAGACGCAAGAUUUUUCCUGGUCUGAUCCUAUCAGACAUAAAGCCAGCGAAAAGGAUGAAGUUUAAGACAGUCUGUUACCUGCUGGUGCAGCUCAUGCACUGCAGAAAGAUGUUCAAGGCUGAGAUCCCUUUCUCCAACGUCAUGACCUGUGAGGAUGAUGACAAGAGACGGGCGUUGCGAACAGCUUCUGAGAAGCUGCGCGAUCGGACGUCAUUUUCGGCGGGCCAGGUGCAGAACUCUCCUGGGACCAGAGUGAACCGUUACAUUGGUCGAAUGCUAGAAGCACGACAGACGGAGUCCGAGACGGCAGACCUCAACUAUAUUACCCUUACAUACAAGAGCAGAGAGAGAGAGCAGAGAUAUCAGCAAGUGUAUGACGAGGCCUUCAUCAGUGCGGUGCUCAUCUCGCUUGUCCUCACUUCAUUUUUUGCAGUGGUCUAUUUUCUCAUCAUUCCUCAAGGUCUUCUGGUUGUGAUUCUUCUGGUUCUCUGUUUGUGUUUCCACAUGGCAAGUGUGAUGUAUCUUCACAUCACUCAUGUACAGUGCUCUCCUGACUGUCUCACCCUGCAGAUCAGAACAGUUCUGUGUGGGUUUCUGGUUCUGCUGAUGUACUCCGUGACCCAGGGGUGUGUGGUGGGAUGUGUACCGUGGUCACUGGUGGGGAAUCCCAAUGUCUCCAUGGUGACAGUUGUCACAGUGAAUGGGACUUCCGACGGCUCCGGGGUGUGCAAAUACACUCCGUACAUAUUUUUAUCAUGUGUGAUGGCGUCGCUAUCUGUGGCCCUGUACCUUCGUGUGUCAUCACUACCCAAGAUCCUCCUGCUUCUCCUUCUCAACAUUCUCCACACUGUCGUCAUGGAGACCAGCGGUUAUAGGAAGGCCAUAGGAGGUGGAUUCUUUCACACACAUGGCUAUGACCCGGUUCUGGCAAUGCUGUUGUUUUCUGGAGCUCUGGUGCUUCACUGCAGACAGCUGGAUCUUAAACUCAGACUGGACUACCUCUGGGCCACCCAGGCUGCGGAGGAGAGAGAUGACAUGGAGAGAGUGAAGUUGGACAAUAAGAGGAUUCUGUUCAACCUGCUGCCUGCACAUGUAGCUCAACACUUCCUGCUGUCCAACCCACGAAACAUGGACCUGUAUUAUCAGUCUUACUCUCAGGUGGGCGUCCUGUUCGCCUCCAUCCCCAACUUCAAUGACUUCUACAUUGAGCUGGAUGGAAACAACAUGGGUGUGGAAUGCCUCCGGCUGCUAAACGAGAUUAUUGCUGACUUUGAUGCGUUGAUGGAUAAGGAAUGCUACAAAGACAUUGAGAAGAUCAAAACUAUUGGCAGUACUUACAUGGCUGCGGUCGGACUCGUCCCCACUGAGGAAUCUAAGGUAAAGAAGUCCAUUUCUGCACACCUGUGCACAGUGGCUGAUUUUGCCAUCGAGAUGUUUGACGUCCUGGAUGCGAUCAACUACCAGUCCUACAACGACUUUGUGCUUCGAGUUGGCAUUAACGUGGGUCCAGUGGUUGCUGGAGUGAUUGGGGCUCGCAGGCCUCAGUACGACAUCUGGGGAAACACAGUCAACGUCGCCAGUAGAAUGGACAGCACUGGAGUUCAGGGCAAAAUACAGGUGACAGAGGAUGUCUUCCGCCUACUCUCCGGUUAUUAUCACUUCCUGUGUCGCGGCCAGGUCAGCGUGAAGGGCAAAGGUCAAAUGCUCACCUACUUUCUGGAGGGCCGAACCCCGCAAGGCAUGAACCCCAAGCGAUCCAAGAAUCCAGAGCGUGGUUUGAGCCCCUGCAUAAGGACCAAGCUGGGGUCCGCGCCCGCUGUCAGCAGUUACGGUGUGAAAAGUCUCACAGUAGGGCACAUUAGCACCCCAAAUAACAGCAUUCUGUACCUGCCCUCCGUAUCCGUCGAUGUAGAGAUGGAGGUGUGAUCGCAAGUAGACGGGUUCGACGGUGAUCAAUCGAUGCAUUAGUAAAUCAGAGGCAGGGAGGGAAACCGAACACAAGUGGGAUGAAGAACACGGAGAGACGAGACAGUUUUGCACAGAGGAGAGAAACAUUCAAACGUGCCAAACUGAGAAAGGCCCUGCCCCUUCACGCAAGUACAUAAUAAGCAUGUAUGUCUUUACGUGUGCACGUAUGCGUGUGUUUUAUUGAGUCUUCCCCAGACCAACAGGAUAUCAGGGUCUCCUACAUGGGAGCAUGCGAUCUACUGCAAAGGCAGCUUCACACCAGCCGUGGAGACACGUACCCAGCGUGUGUGUGUGUGUUUGUUUGUGUGUGAGUGUGUGUGUGUGUUAUCUUGCACCUGAAAAUGUCAAGAGAUGCCACGGUGAUGAAUAUUUUUAACACGUGAGUGGUGAGGACCAAAAGUUCCGAUUCAAAACAGCGCUGUAUUUUGUACGUAACUGUCGGGCGACGAAGGGAGAAACCUCAAACACGUGUUGGCGUUUUUCAAAACAGACAAAGGAAAAAAUACGGUUCCUCAUAUUGAGAUUUGCUUUGAAUAAAUUGUUUACAUGAAGAACACGUCACGGGUUUACAGACUUGAUAGCAAAGUUAUUCCCAGCUCUCCGAUUUUCAGGCACACGUCUGCAGUUGCAGAGAGAGAGAGAGAGAGAGAGAGAGAGAGAAAGAGAGAGACGGAUCGGCAGAAAUACUAAACAACCGCAGUGAAUCAGAGACUGCAAUGAUUUACUAGCGAAUGCUAACGCUAUGAUGUCUUGUAAUCAUUUACAGAAAGUCGGUCGAGUCUGUGACGUGGGUAAAUGUUUAACUUUGCGUGGGUUGAAUCAGCACAGUUUUCCUGUAUGUGAUGUGUGUACGCACUUGGGCAAAACAUCUGUAUGCAUUUGCUGCUGCCCUUUGCCCUCUGGGAUAUCCUUUCCAGUAAUAACAUGACUACAGAUCCAACGUGAAUUAUAAUAAGCGUCAAGGACACAAAAUAUCGUUACAAUUGCUUCACUGCUUGAGAAGCCAGCCCAAUCGAAGCUGUGUCGUUGUAAUAUUCACAAAAAAACAACCAAAUUGGCUUACAGUAUGAGAUAAAAUGGCUUAAUAUACAGUACAUCUAUUUUACAUCUAUUUUGUCUGUGUUUUUUCUUAGUGGCACUUAGCUUUCAGAUUCUCCUAUCAACGGUAGCAUCUCUCACUGUGCUUGCGGAAUGAUCUUUAACACGCGGUCGAACAUGCAUGAUAUUUUAGUGCUGGAUGUGUCAUGUGCUCUGUAGGUCUUAGGUUAAACAUCUGGAUUAUAGUUCAUCUACUGUAUUUCAGAGCAUGCAAACCUGCUCUCGGUUUCGAAAGCCUCACGAGUCUCAUUUCAUACGAGUUAAGAAAUAUCUUUUGAUUUACUUUAUGUGCUAUUACUGUAUCUUUGAUAGAUUUCCCAUGAUGCCUAGGGAAUGGCUUCAAGCAUGCCGUUCUGCAUGUCCCACUCAGCAUGCCGUAAUUCUGUCACGUCGCUCUAUUUGAUAACUGAUUUGUGUAUCUAAUGCAUGCCUACUGCAAAAACAAACCAAGGGUGAAAAGUGUCGAAGAUAUGUUGCGAAACAUGCUUUAGUAGCACUGCAUGAGCCCAGAAUAAUGGCCUUGAUGAAACGAAGCAUCUUUUUUCUUUUUCUUUUUC